AAGCGCGCAGCGGGAGGACGUGGAAGAUGCUGCCUGCGGCCAGGCGGUUGCUGCGGGGCGGCCGGGGGAAAUGGCAAGCGCCGCCGCCGCCGCCUCCUCCUCAGCCCCUGGCGCUUCUCGUCCCUGCUCCGGCAGGCGGAGGGAAAAGCAAAGGCGGCUGUUUCCUCCACGCGGAGCGGUUGCAGAUCCUGUGUGUGAGACAGACUGGAAACCUAAGACAUCACAGGAGAGCACUUUAUAGCACACUUGUGCCAUCUGAUGUAGUAACUGUUAAUUAUAAACAUGGGCUGCCUGUGAUAACCCUUCCAUUGCCCUCAAGAAAGGAACGAUGCCAGUUUACUGUCAAGCCAAUGCUAAUGACUGUGGGAGCCUUCUUACAGGACAUCCAGAGAGAAGAUAAUGCCAUUGAAAAGGUGGAAGUCUUCACAGCAGAUGGCAAUGUGAUAUCAACUUCAACAUUGAUGGAGGUUUUAUUGAUGAAUGACUUCAAACUUACCAUCAAUGGUGCAGAAUAUAGUGUACGUCCCCCACAGAAAGAUAAAAUGAGCACAGAGCAUGCUACAGAGAUAGAUGAUAUCAAGUCCAUGGUCCAUAGAUUAUUUGCAGCACUUCAUUUAGAAGACCAUCAGACAAGGAGAGAGAGAGAAUUAAUGCAAAAAAUGGAACUUCUGAAAGAAGAGCUGCUGCCUCUAGAGCAGGUAAAAGCUGGAAUUACCGCAGAUGUUGAUGCUAAGACUUCUCGUCUUCUAUGGAUUGGCUUAGCCUUAAUGUCAACUCAAGGUGGAGCCCUGGCUUGGCUGACUUGGUGGGUCUAUUCAUGGGAUAUCAUGGAGCCUGUCACAUACUUCAUCACCUAUGGAAGUGCUAUGGCAUUCUAUGCUUACUUUGUACUUACUAAGCAGGAUUAUAUUUACCCAGAUGCCCGGGACAGGCAAUUCCUCCGCUACUUUCACCGGAAAUCCCAAAACCAGAACUUCAAUGUGGAUCAGUACAACAAAUUGAAAGAGGAACUUGCAGAGGUGGAAGACUCCUUGAAACGGCUGAAAAGUCCCUUACAAUUACGCCUUCCAAUCCACGAAAUAAAUAGCAAACAUUAAUUUUUUACAUACUUGUAAAUGUAUUAGCCUUGUUGAGUUGCCUCAAAAGAUUAGAAACUGGAUAUUUUGGACCAAUGUAAGGUUUUUUGUUUUGUUUUUGAAGUGGUAGGGUGGGGAAGUCUGCAACAAUACAGAUUGGGCUUAAAACUGUUUUUGGGAACUAGGAUUUCUUUUCACAAUGUAUGAAGAAAUUCAGACUCUCCGUGUAUAUAUUUUAUUCCUUAACACAGUACAAAAUUUAAAAAAUGAACAAAUGGCAGUUAUUCUUGAAUUUCUAAUCCAUUCUUAAUUAAUCAAAAGACGAAAAAGAAUGUUUUUUAAAAAGUUUAUUUAAAUCUGGGGCACCUCUAUUUGAAUGUAAUUUUCAUAAUAAGGUAAAUAAAAAUACAUUACAGUUUU